AUCUCUCUACCUCAAUCAACACGCUCUCAUCAUCUCAUUCUCAACUCGGAAAGAAAUCAAAAGCAUUGAGUCGGGAAAGCAAAAGCAAAAGCAGCCAUUCCCUGCGCCCAUGCCUUUCCCAGCUUCAUUCAUUCAUCGCUCAUUUCAUCAUCAUUUCACCCCUUGCCAUGCUCACUUGCGCGCUGCGCAGGCCAUGUUCAGUCGGAGUGUUCAUUUCGUUCGUUUCAUAUCUCCUGCCAUGCUCCUCCUGGGCAAUUUUUUGGUGCUCAGCCAUGGUCUGUGGAGUCAUUCAUGUCGUGUUCAUUCGUGUCUCAUUCACUCGUCAUUCACUCCUUCAUCGCUUCACUUCUUUCCCCCCAUCAUCGCUCUCGCCCUCUGUGCAUCAGUCUCGUCGUCCGAAAAUUCCUCAAAUAUAGGUUUCUUCUUAAUCCCGGUAUGGUUCAAGAUAUUGGUGAUGCUGUCAACGUUGGCCUCCUUCUUCUUCGUGAUAGGAACGUCGACCACGAACACGCCGGGAACGCCGUUGCUGGGAUUGGCAGCUUGCAUCGCAGCCAGCUUGGCAUUCGAAUCGGCAAGGGCGGCUCUCGCAGCAGUCGACUGGGCUAUCGCUGCAGAGAGUUCCCUCUCUGCCUCCGGUCCAUAGAGCCUGCGC